AUGGCAGACAAGGCCCGCAUCAACAAUGCCAAGGCUCAGCUGUCCGAGUCAUACAACGCGCUGCUGGACCAUUUCCACGCUACCGAGCUCAAGGUGAUCGGCAACUACAAUGUGGUUCGGCUCAUUGGGCAGGGCUCGUUUGGCAAGGUGUAUUUGGCGACGCACAAGUUCACCAACACCAAGGUGGUACUCAAGUCGUCAGCCAAGAGCGCCCCCAACCUUGUGCGAGAGAUUCACCAUCACCGGCAGUUCAAACACCCUCAUAUCACUCGUCUCCACGAGAUUAUCGUCACGGAGACGGUGGUCUGGAUGGUGCUCGAGUACUGUCCGGGAGACGAGCUGUACACCUAUCUGGUGGAAAACGGACGACUGUCUGUCGACGAGACCCGCAAAAUAUUUGCACAACUGUGUGGAGCUGUCACCUACGUCCACAACACCAAAAAUUGCGUCCAUAGAGACCUCAAGCUCGAAAACAUUCUGUUGGACAGACACCAUAACGUCAAGCUGUGCGACUUUGGAUUCACACAUGGAUACGAGUCACGAGUCAUGCUGGAAACUAUUUGUGGCACUUCUGCCUACAUGGCUCCUGAAAUGCUGCUGGGCAAAAAGUACAGCGGAGAAGCUGUCGACGUGUGGUCUCUGGGAGUCAUUCUGUACGCCCUGGUAUGUGGCGAAAUGCCGUUUGACGAGGAGGACGAGGAGGACACGAAAAACCGCAUCAUGAACGCCGAACCGGACUAUGCCAAACACCAAUUGCCGGCAGAUAUGUUGGCUUUGCUUAAAGGAAUGCUUUGCAAGAACCCUCAUCAGCGACCCAAGCUCGCUGAGGUGCUGAACAACGGCUUUUUGGGUCUGGAGGGUAUGCGGCAGGCUGAAAUGCUGGCAGCUAAAGAACCCAAGCUGUUUUCAACCAAGAUGGAAAAACAUGUAUUGAAACGCAUGAAGGCGCUCAAUAUUAGCAUUGAGAACCUCUACGAGUCCGUAUCCAAGAUGAAAUGCGACUCUCUGGCCGGGUUCUGGGCUGCAUCGUUGGAAAAAGCAUACAAAAAGGAGCGACGCAAGCAGUCGCGAAGAAGAUCAAGGUCGGCCUUCUCAUACUCGUUUGAUAUCGCUCGAAAGCGGCCGUCGGAAGAGAAUAUCGGAGACUCAAUGCAAAUGACCGCUCCUCAUUCCCCUUCUUCUCCCUUAUCAAAAGUACGGCACUUCGACGGCCUAGGAAUCAGAAACAGACUGUCUGGAGACUUUAGAAGACCGUCCAGUGAACAAGUGUCGACCCCCAGACAGUCCCUUGAUUUCAGACCGCCCCAUAGAUCCACUACCACAGGUGAAGCCAUGACUUCUCCUCCUGCUCCUGACUCUCCCAGAUCACCGAGAGACACGGCCACCAACACUCCAGACACGUCUGUGACACUCGAGAGACCACAUACGGUUGGCGAAAGUCCCCGAUUGCAGGCCUCUCCGUUUGAUAACCGCUCUGUGACAUCUGACGGCUCUUCUCUCAAAAAGAAGGGCAACUUUGGCAAGUCUCUCAAGAAUGUCAUGCUCAAAAUGGUCUUCAUUGGCAAAAAGAAACCCACAACUGAGGGUAAUACCCAGUCGGAGCCUAGUCAGUCUUCCGGCACUGGAAGAUCCCUCCCCUCGUCUCUACACUCCUACAGCAUCAAAAACAAGUCCAACACCUCCCUAGAGGAGGGCAUCGCACCGACAGAAACCGUUCCAGACGUACCUCCACUACCACAAAGUGCACCUGGACUCACCUCUCUCAACAGCCAGGACAAUAUCGAGCCUAUGACAUCUUUCCGAAGAACUACCCGUCGAGAACGACCAAUCUCGCAGAUUUCUUCCUUCUCUGGUAUCUCUCAAAUCUCCGGCAUCUCUGCCAUUUCAUCGGCGCCUUCCGUUUCGUCUUCUCUAGAACGAUCUGGCUCGGGAAGCAGACGCAUUGUCAUGCGAAGACCUUACUUUGGCCGUCGCUCUACCUCCUCGUCGUUUUCUUCGAUCCAAUCCCAUCGAAAAACACAUUCCAAGGCAUCCUCCACGUCUUCUACAGACGAGUAUUUGGGAGACGAUACAACCGAUCCCGGCUCUCCGGGGCCCUCAGAAACACCCACCACCUCUUAUGGACGUCACUCGACAAGCAACAAAAAGGCUCAUUCGAAGCAGCACGAUUAUAACGAAACGGCGCAGUUUAACACAUACAAGCCGCCCAGCCGGCGACGCAAGUCGGCCACCAAGGUGUCUUCACCCAACAUGGCUCUGUUUCCCAGUCGGUCUCGUCCCACCAAUUCUAAGCGUCCCGAUAGAAAGGGUUCUGUGAUUGAAGAGGAGGUCGAAGACGAGUAUGUGGAGGAGAGCUUUGACGGAGACGAUGGUGAUGGGCUGGACUUUGACACAAGGGGCAGGAGUUUCUAG